GUGUUAAUGUCGAAACCUUUUACUCUAGCUUGAAUAAUAUCAAGCAUGUAUAUCUUCCUCCUUUUUCCUGGUGUUAUACAUAGCUUGACACUACAACACUGUCAAAUUUUUUUUCUUCUAUCUGUGAUACUGGUGCUACACAGUCAAUUCAGGAUAAGCAUGGCUUUACUGUUUUCAAGAUCUGCCAUCCAAAAGCUCUGAAUUUUCUGGUAAAGCUAACUUAGGAUUUUUUGAUUAGUGUGAUAAUAUGCUUUGAGACUGAACUAUCUUCUUCCCUUCAUUCUCACUUCACAGCCAUAUCUCCAAUUCCAAAGACCACAACCUCCUCAUUUAAUUUUUAGAAUAUUUCUAAUAUCAAAAUACAUUCUGAAGUGCCUUUUAUUUACUACUUUGCUUUGGUCUUAUUAUUUAUAUUAUUUUUUCCUUUGUCCAUUGUCACUUAAGUCCGUUCAACCCGGGGAGUGGACUCAAAUUCAAACGCUCAUUCUUUAUCUUUGAUUCUUGCUCUGUUUUUUAGGCUUUUUAUUAUUGGAGACUUUCCGUUUCACAAUCGUUUCUUCAAUUUUUUAUCCCGACUAUAACCGUUUUAUAGCGGGAUUUAAGCCCUCACCGACCGAACCUCGAAUUUUAACCUCUUUAUCAAACACUUGUCACCAAAUUUCUUGUAUUGUUAAAGGUUUUCUAGAGCUCUGUGUGUAGUGUUGGAUGAUGGCAAAGCUUCCAACUAUGUUUACCUUAAGGCACUUUCUUGUGCUGUCGUUGGCUCUGAACGUGAGCUUGAUUCUGAGAAUGGUGUAUGAGAGUGAAGAAGGAGACAACAGUAAAGGGAUGGAACCUAAGAGGGAAGGGCAUGUUGCUCAAAAAUCACGUUUAUCCAUAUCCUCUACUUCUUAUCUGGUUAAUUCUACUCGCGCGGAUCAUGGUGGAGGAAGGGAUAAAGUGAUCGACCUGGACCAUGGAGAUCCUACAAUGUAUGAAAGAUUUUGGCGACAAAUGGGUGACAAGACUACAAUCGUAAUUCCAGGAUGGCAAUCCAUGAGCUAUUUUUCUGAUGUGUCAAACAUUUGCUGGUUUCUUGAGCCUGAGUUUGCGAAGGAGGUUGUAAGGUUGCACAAUGUGGUGGGAAAUGCUGUCACAGAAGGUCGCCAUAUUGUGGUAGGGACAGGUUCCUCUCAGCUAAUUCUGGCUGCUCUUUUCGCUCUGUCUUCGCCUGACGCUGCUGAACCAAUCAGCGUGGUAUCUGCCGUACCCUAUUACUCGUCCUACCCAGCAUUGGCAAAUUACCAAAAGUCUGGCCUAUACAAAUGGGCUGGGGAUGCAGUGAGUUAUGACAAAGAUGGUCCAUACAUUGAGCUGGUUACUUCUCCCAAUAACCCUGAUGGAUAUACAAGGCGAUCAGUGGUCAACCAAAGCCAGGGACUACUGAUUCAUGACCUUGCCUAUUAUUGGCCGCAAUACACUCCAAUAUCAUUCCCUUCAGAUCAUGAUCUUACUCUUUUCACUGCCUCAAAAAGCACUGGUCAUGCGGGAAUGCGCAUAGGGUGGGCUCUUGUGAAAGACAAAGAGGUAGCAAAGAAAAUGACUAAAUUCAUAGAGCUAAAUACAAUUGGUGUCUCAAAGGAUUCUCAACUGAGAGCUGCCAAGGUUUUAAAGGCAGUUUCAGAUAGCUGCGAAGAAGAAAACUCCCAAGACGUGGAAUCAUUUUUCAAGUACAGCUACAUGCACAUGGAGCAAAGGUGGAAGCAACUGAGAGAAGUAGUUGGGGCCAGCGGUUUGUUCAGUUUGCCCCAUUUUUCUCCUGCAUUCUGCACCUUCUUUGGUAAGGAGAUGGAGCCUCAACCAGCUUUCGUGUGGUUGAAGUGUGAGGGAGAUAUAGAAGACUGCGAAAGCUUCUUAAGGGGACACAAAAUUGUAACAAGAGGAGGGAGAAACUUCGGGGCAAGCCCAAAAUUCGUAAGAAUUAGCAUGCUGGAUACAGAUGAAACUUAUGUACAGUUAAUAGAUAGACUAUCCGCCAUACAGCGAAAAUAA